AAACUCUAACCCUCAGACCUUCAGAGCCACUCCAACCAUGGCAUCUAUUCCACUGGUGGUAGUACAGCUGCUGCUCCUGCUGCUUCCACUUCCCCUCCGAGAGCACCUCUGGUCAGGCCAACACCGGCGAAACGACGUCGAUGCCGGCGAGCUCCACCCGAUCGUCGUGUUGCCCGGGGUGGCAUGCAGCGACCUGGAGGCGCGGCUCACGGAGGCGUACCGGCCGUCGGCGGCGAGGUGCGGCGCGAUGAAGGGGAAGGGGUGGUUCCCGCUGUGGAAGAACAGCUCCGACCUCUCGACGCACCGCUACAACGAGUGCUUCCUGGAGCAGAUGAGCCUCAUCUACGACCCCGUCGCGAACGACUACCGGAACUUCCCCGGCGUCGAGACCCGCGUGCCCUACUUCGGUCUCGUCAAAGGCUACCAUCAGAAAUGGCCUUUUGACAAGCCAUGGUGCCUUACACCGCUUAUACGAGCCCUGGAAGAGAUGGGAUACCGUGACGGGGACAACAUGCACGGAGCUCCUUACGAUUUCCGUCAUGUUCCUCCAGUCCCUGGCCAGGAAUCCCAAGUCUACUCGCGCUACUACGAGGAGUUCAUGGAGCUCGUGGAGGCCACAAGCAAGAGGCAUCGCAAGAAGAAGGUGAUCAUUCUCGGGCACAGCCACGGAGGAUGCGUCGCCCUUGAGUUCGUCAGGAACACCCCGUUGGCGUGGAGAAAGGAGUACAUCAAGCACCUCUUCCUGGUCACGCCUACGCUCUCCGCCGGGCUGCUCGACCCGGUGGAGAACCUUGCCACCGGGCCGCACAACCUGUUCUACGUGCCAGACGCGACGGAGCUGUCGCUGCGGCCAAUGUGGAGGAGCUUCGAGACCAGCAUCGCCAACCUCCCGUCCCCGGCCGUGUUCGGGCGCGAGCCGAUCGUGGUCACCGAGCGGAGGAACUACUCCGCGUACGAUAUGGAAGAUCUCCUUGCCGCCGUCGGUUUCGGUGACGGGAUCGAGCCUUUCAGUGGGACUACCCACUUGCAUCUCUACUUUCAGGAGACGAAUGGUUGUGAGGAUGAACUACCUCGAGGCGCCCAUGGUGCCGUUGACGUAUAUCAAUGGAGUGGGGAAGAGGACGCCACGGCAAUUGGUGUACUGGGACGGUAACUUUGACAAGGCUCCGGAAAAAGUGUAUGGUGAUGGAGAUGGGAUAGUUAAUCUGGUUACCAUGUUAGCGUUCGACGAGGAGAUGCGUCGGCAGCCAGGACAGAGGGGGCAAUUCAAGUCAAUCAAGGUCGAGAACGCUUCCCAUAUGGGAAUUCUUAUGGAUGAAUGGGCGCUAAAGAGGGUCAUGCAAGAGAUUCUUGAAGUGAAUCAGGAUUCUUCGUAGGCACUUGUGCUUAUGAACUUCUGUUUGAAUUGAUUUACAAGCAUGUAUACUGGUGGUUCUCUAAAUUGGGAUUCGAUAUCUAGUAUUCUUUUGUGAAUCGGGGUAUGUACAGCGAAGAAAGGUGGAUAUGUAUCAUCCAUACCAUUUGACACACGAAAAAUGUUGCAUGUUUCCCAUGGUAUAUUAAAUAUUUCUUGCCCAUUUACAUGCAAAUAUCUUUGGGUACCACUACUACAAAACAAUAAUCCUUGUCGGCUCAUCCAUGCCAAUAAAA